UUAUCAUAAUUGUACCAUUUCAGCAUAUUCGUUUGUAAUUAGAUAUCUUUGUGAUAUGAUAAAACCAACUAAACACGCACUCGUUUUUGUUUUGAUGCAGCGUGGACCUAUUUCCGGUUUGAAGGCUAUCCGGUUAUUGGGAGGGAACGAGGAGGAUUUCCGGCCUGAUAUCAACAACCUUUUGGAAAUCGUUCCAUGUGCAGACUACACACAGCAAAUCAGGUGGAAAGCGGUUACCCAGGAAGCGAAAGAGUUGAGUGACACUCCCAAUACAGAUGUGGAUGGUGAUGUUGAUGAUGUAAAUGUGCAAAGCUCUUCCAGAACAUCCGUACCCCGACAGCACAUUACAAAGUUUGUUGGUCGGAGGAUCGCCCACCAGUGGAUAAUACAAGAGGGAAAAUUAGAGUGGUACCAUGGUACAGUAUUGGCAGUUAUUAGAGGGAAAGAUGGUGAAGAUGAUGCUGUUUACGAUGUCCAAUAUGAUGAUGAAGAUGAUUCCUUUGAAGUAGACCACCUUACUGAGGACUACAAAGCUUCUCAAUUGAA